AAGAGAGAGACGAGAGAGGGAGGAAAACCAGACACAAUAAGAGGAAAAGGGAGACAAAGAGGAGGAGCGGGCGAGGGAGAGAGCCACCAUGCUGAGGAGGAAGAGGAGCGUGUCGUUCGGAGGCUUCGGCUGGAUUGAUAAGUCGACAGUCAGCGCCCUGAGAGCUCGCAAACAGGAGCUCCUGACCAUCUCCAAUGUUCCCGUCACAGACUGCCCCCCCUCUCCCCCCAGAACCGCACCCCCCACCAUGAAGUCGGCUCAUUUCUUCGACAUGAUGGACAAAAUGGAGCAGGUUCCAGAAGCUGCUGAGAUGAAGACGAUCCCUCAGAGACAGAAGGAUGACUACAUUCCUUAUCCGAGGAUUGAAGAGGUUUUAGAGAGGGGGGGUCCGUACCCUCAGGUCAUCCUGCCUCAGUUCGGAGGUUACUGGAUCGAGGAUCCUGAGGCUCCUCCUCCUCUGGCCCCUCCCCCCUCAUCCCUGCAGACAGAGGAUGAGGAGAGAGAGGAGAGGGAGGAGGAGAGGAGGGUGUUACCAGAGAUAGAAGAAGAAGGCAGACCCCCGGGGGAUUAUGGGUACCGGCUGGAAGAGAUCAACGAGGCUGCUCGGGCAUACAGGAAGCACUUCUUGGGCAGGGAACAUUUAAACUUCUCCUGCUCGGCCAGCAGUCAGGGAAACCUCCUGCUGUCUGUGAGACACGAGGAGGAGAAGGAGCAUGAGUCGCUCCACGUCAUCAUCAGGUCUCGUGUGAAAAGCGUCUACCACAGAUUGUCCCUCACAGAGCUACCGGAGAUCCCCAGUGUUCCUGAGCUCGCCAAGCUGCUGUGUGACGAAGCUGCAGGUCUACGUUUCAGUCCUGUCCUCUAUCCAAAGGCGUCUCAGCUGAUCAUAAACUACGACGAACAUGAAGUCAACAACACCUUCAAGUUUGGAGUGAUUUUCCAGAGAUUUGGACAGGUGUCUGAGGAGGAGCUGUUCAGGAACAACGAGGAGACGCCGGCGUUCACAGAGUUCCUGCAGCUGCUGGGAGACACCGUGGAUCUGCAGGACUUCAAGGGGUUUCGGGGCGGUCUGGAUGUGUCUCACGGUCAAACGGGGUCUCAGUCGGUCUACACGGUCCACAGAGAGCAGGAGAUCAUGUUCCACGUCUCCACUAAACUGCCCUUCACUGAGGGGGACGCACAGCAGCUCCAGAGAAAACGUCACAUAGGAAAUGACAUCGUGGCGGUGGUGUUCCAGGAAGAGGCCACACCCUUCGUCCCUGACAUGAUCGCCUCCAACUUCCUGCACGCCUUCAUCUUAGUGCAGGUGGAGGAUCCGUGUUCUGACUGCACCUCCUACAAGGUGUCCGUCACAGCACGAGAAGAUGUGCCUUCGUUUGGCCCGCCUCUUCCAAAUCCAGCUGUGUUUCAGAAGGGUCCUGAAUUCAGAGAGUUUCUUCUCACUAAACUCAUCAACGCAGAACUGGCCUGCUACAAGAGUGACCGCUUCGCCCGACUAGAGGAGCGUACCAGGGCUGCUCUGCUGGACAGCCUCCACGAUGAGCUGCAGAGACGCUCGCAAAGCAUGCUGGGAUUGACAUCAGGUCUGGAGGAGGAGGGGCGAGCUGAGAAUGGACAUGCCCACGGAGGUUUACUGGAGUCCAUCAAGAGGGCGAUGCGAGGGCGGAGUGUCUCCAUGGAGACGAUGUCGAGGGGCGGAGCAGGUCUUCCCACGAGUCUGAGUGGUGGAGGUCUGGCACACUUCAGUGCUGAGUAUAACGUGAAGUCUCCCGUCAAGAGGCGUUCAGGACUCUUUCCUCGACUGCUGAGCGUCGACAGCCAAACAGAGAAACACAACCUGAGGAGCCUCCUCAGUGAGCAGAGGAGCUUCGACAGCCACACCACGCUGGAGGUGAAGUCGGAGCUGCCAUCCAAUCCCAGCUCUCCAGAGGCGGGACAACGGGACAAGAUCCAUGUGAAGAAGGAAAGCAGUAAGAUCUCCAGAUCAACGUCCAGCAGCUGCACCUUCAGCUUACCUGCAGAUGAAACACACCUGCUCGCCCAGGCUGUAACGGCGGAAGGUCAGAGUUCAAGUCCGCUCCUUGUCUGUCGCAGCCCCACAGAGCUGAAGAAUAAAAACUCUCCCAGAUCAAACCUCAAGUUUCGUUUUGACAAGCUGAGUCACUCUUCAGCACCCGGCCAGUAAACUGUGAGGAAGGCAGUGGGAGAAUAAAACCAAGAAGGUUGGGAUGAAUGUGACACAGAGGAGGAUGUUUACACCGGUGGACAAUCACUCACAAAGGGAUAAAAAGGGAAAUCAUUUAAACACUUUGUUCCUGCAGAAGCUUCAGCUGCAGAUUUUUUUAUUUAUUGAAAGAGUCAUUUUCACCGUCUGCUGUUUGAUUUAACGGGCAUGCAGCUUCUGAUGAUGUCAUCAGGAUUAUCUGCUACUACAAGGGUCACACAGGUGAGCAGGGAUUUACCUGUGCAGCACUGAGCCUGUAGUACUCAGAGAGAUCCUUCCUGCUGUGAGGCGACAGCGCUAACCGCUGCUCCACUGUGCAGCCCCGAAGCAAUAAACACCUAAAUAAUUCUCCAACAGAUUCACCCCUGCCUCUGGUAAACCUCCAUUUAAAGGUCCAUGUGACCCCAGCACUUCAUCUUCAUCCGUUCCAACAAUAAUCGGGACGCCCUUACCCUAGACGUUUAUGUGAGAGACAGAAGUAGGGCUGAGUGGAAGGGGUGAGGGGGGUUGCAAUAAUGAUAAUAACGACUCAGACAUAAGAAAGCCAAACUUUUAGACCUUUGCACAGUCACUCUGUUUUUGGCUUACAUUGCUGCAAGUUAAAAAGAGAUAUAAUCUCAUCUCAUCUGUGGUUUUAUUUUGAAAUAUGUUCUGUUUUCUUUGUUUUUCUCAUCGAUCUAAAGCCUCCUACAGACGGGUUCUUAGCAGUUGUAUUGGUUCUGUCAUGCUACACUGUGCUACAUAAGCCUCAUACGACAUCAAGUUUGGUGUGUGCAGACUGAACGAUGACAACCCCACAAAACGCCACUGAGACGCAGGCUACGACGUACGCCGAUAUGCAAGAAAUAAACGCCAUUAGUGUGUUUCAUUCAUCAACACUGUGGAAAAAAAUGAAGCAAAGAAACAACAGUGCUGUAUUCGUAGCGAUCUUGUGCUUAGAAAAACAUCUGAGAUCAAGAUUUUCAUCCUGGUUGGAAUCCCACAAACUUCUGUGUUUUAGCAUCAUCACACUGUGAGACGGUCAUCCUAAGAUUUUUAUCCCAGGCUAUCUUUAGUAACUAGACCAUGACAACAGCCGUGUGUCAGCCCGUCUCACAGUGGGACAUAGCACCGCCGGUUUAGAGACCAAAAAGAUCACCACGGUUGGUCAUCUUUGGUCUGGGACAGCCCAGGGUCACUCAGAGUAUACCAGGCUUAAACUGUUUAGAUGUUUGUACUCACAGCCACCUUAAUGGAGGAAGACUGAAGCGUCUCGUGGCAAGCAUCGGCAUGUGCCGAUGGGUCGUAUGUUGUUGCCGAUGGCGUACCAUCAGGUACCAGAUGCAGUACUUUCCACUUCGGCUACUUUUAGUAAUGAAUAGAAAAAUAAACUCUGAGAAAUGCAUCAAAAAACAGACUUAGUGUGCAAAGACCUUUACUGUAGUUCUUCCAGAGUUAAACACACGUACUGUAAAUGCGUGUUCAUGUUCAUGACGUCUGAGCGUUUACACAGAUUAAUCACUGUCAGCUGUUUUUCAGGGUGCACUCACACUCAGCCAUCUGUACCGUGACCAAGCAUGUAAGAGCCCCACAGUCCACUUUACAGUGAUAAUCUGUGCACUAGCGUGCCAUUUCACCUAUUUUUGCCACUUUUUGCUGCUUUCCACCAAUUUUUGCCUUUUUUCACUGUUUUCUGACCCUUUUAUUUAUUUAUUUUACCUCUUUUUGUCCAUAUUUGGCCCCUUUAUGCCAGUUUCUACAACUUUUUACCAAUUUCUGCAACAUCUUUGUGCAACUUUUGCCUUCUUUAGCAACGUUUUGCCCAUUUUUUGACACUUUAUACUCAUUGAUGACACUCUUUUGCAAAUUUUUGCCACUCCUUUUUGCCACCUUACCCCAUUUUUCCUA